GUUGUUGUUUUAUGCGACUGGAUAUCUGUUUUGAUAUGCGAUACUAUCAAUAAUACCUCUUUUCACACUGACAGGUCUGUUGGUUAUAAUACCGCAAAAGACUCUACCCGCAAUGAAAUUCUCAUUCCUCUUUGGAUCGGAUCCUCAUUCCUCCUCCUCAGACGAGCACCAUGAUCAUGAUCAUCCUGAACAGCAGCAGCAGAACGAUAUCCCCGACCGCCCGCCGACUCCGGAAGGCCCGGAAGACCCGAUCCUGCUUCCGAACGAGGUGAUUCUGCAGAUUUUCCCCCGCAAGCUGUGCGCGUACAAGGAGACGCCGUCGCAGAAGCCGUCGAUGUUUAGCUCGGUCGAGCCGGAGUAUUUCCACUCGUAUCUUGCGCGGCAUGCUAUUAAGGGGGGGCUGUGGGUGACCACUAUGCGUUUGCUGCUUGCUCCACUACAAGCUGGGGUUAAAGGCGCGUCGAUGGAUAUUUUGGAUAUCGUGGAGAUGAAGGCCAUCGAGAGCGACUUACAGGUCUGGUUCUUUCUUGCCUAUUUGAAGAAUGGCCACAUGUUUACUGCGCCAUUCUCUACGCAAUCUCGCGCAAAGGCAUUUCUGAAACUGAUCCACAACCUCCAAUUCGAGCACAAGGUACGACAAAAGCUGCCGCCGCCGUACCGCCGCAGAUCCGAGUCACUGUACGAUAGUCCGCGCGGGUCGAUCGUGCUCUCGCGCAACGACGACGAAGAGUCCGACGAAGCAGCGGUUGAGGACGCGAUCGAGGACGAGGAAGAGGAGUGGGACGAGAACGACCGGCAUUUGCCGUCGUAUGCCGAGUCUGAGGACGCCGUCGAGCGGUAUCUGAUUGACCGCGGGCUGCUGUCGGAGGACGGCGCGCCGCUGAUGCCGACGGAGUCUGUGGAGAGUGGCGGUGAGGAGCAUGAUAGGAGCGAGAACGAGCAUAUGUCUGGACGGGGUAUUCUGCGACGGACGAGCACGUCGGCUACGGUGACUCGGGCGAGUGUGGCAGAGAGAGGAGGAGGAGGAGGAGGAGGAGGGGCGGUGGAGUCUACGGCAGCGAGUAAUGAGUUACGAAGGAUAUCCAGCCGGGAGUAGGCAGGGAA